AUGGACGAGCAGUACUGUCCUGAGAAGUGGCCACCGCCGGCCGACAAACUGCCGCCGAAGCCGGCGCGGGGAGACUUCCCGAGCGACGCAGAAUUAGGCGCCGCCGUGCAUGCGCGGUCGUGCCUGCUCUGGAGAUGGCGGCGAAACUACGGCCGUCUGCAGAGGGACCGGGAAGGGUACCCCAACUCGAGCGGGUUACAGAAGCGAUCGGAGCAUCUCAAGAAGGCGAAGAGAGCGAGGGAUUACCUCGGGUUAAGGCGGACGAGGAAGAAGAAGCACCACCGGAAGAAGAUGAAGCUGAGUGGCUGCAGCAUCAUCGGGGAGGUGAACGGAAUCCGCCCCGCACUAGCAGACGCCGGCCAUGUGGGGGAUGAAGAAGACGAACGAGAAAUAGAGGAAGACGACAGCAUCGAAUGGAACUGCGCGGCUGGGGAUGGCGAAGAAGACCUAGGCGAGGAGAUUGACCUCACCCAGGACGACGAUGGAGAGGAGGCCGAGCCGGGGACGCGGCAAUGGUUGAUGGAGAACGCGCCACAGGGACGGCAGGUGCCAUGGCCCACGGACGUGCAACAGGUGAACAAGAUGUUGAACCCGGAGCAGAUUUCCUUUGACAUUGAAGGGGCAAGGCAGACAAAGUGUGUCUGUAAGGACUUCUGCGACAUCACGGACUGUGCGAACGCUGCAGAGUACCAAUAUUGGGGGACGUAUGUGUUGAACCCACAACCAAAGGCAGCGUACACGAUCCAGCUGAAGCAGAGGGACGCAGGAGGACGGCGUGUGUAUGUGAGUGCGGAGCAGGGAGGAUCGAAGGCGCGGUUCAUAGCACACGCGUGUAAUCCGAACACGGAGUACGCGGAAGUGUGGAGCCGUCGCAGGGCCAUCGUCUCUCUCGUGUUGAAGAGGGCCAUCAAGGCCGGCGAAGAGCUAACCGCGGACUAUACCGGGUGCACCGGGGAACCGUUGUGGUUCCAAUGCCAGUGCCCCGCCCAUAAGGACGAAAACCGCGCCGCUCUGAUGCUGCUGGCAUCAAGCAAGAAGCGGGAGACAACGCUGGCGAAGAGGAAAAGCAGAUGUAGCGGGGUGGAUGGAGGCAGACGGCUCCGCCCCAAGCAUACCACAGGAAUGUAG